UUAAACCCUAAACCAAAACCCCUCUCCUCCUCCUCCCCUCCACCGGCGCGCGGCCACCAUGUCGAUGGCGGUGGCCUCCCUCCGCCUCCUCGCGCGCGGCGGCCGCCGCCGCGCCCGCUUCCCCGCGCCGCUCUCCGUCCCGGGAGGCCGCGCGGCGUUCCUCUCCGGCGCGGCCGAGGAGGUCGCGCAGGCGGACGCGCCGCCGCCGCCGCCGCCGGGACGGAAGGUGCUGGAGAGCUUCCGCGAGGAGUUCGAGAUCGGUGGGCGCGUCAUCUCCUUCGAGACCGGGAAGAUGGCCCGCUUCGCCAACGGCUCCGUCGUGAUCUCCAUGGACGACACCCAUGUCCUCUCCACCGUCGCCGCCGCCAAGUCCUCCGAACCCGUCCGGGACUUCCUCCCACUGACUGUUGAUUAUCAAGAGAAACAAUAUGCCCAAGGUGUUAUUCCGACAACAUAUAUGCGGAGGGAAGGUGCCCCUAAGGAAAGGGAGCUUCUAUGUGGGCGUAUAAUCGAUCGACCAAUACGACCAUUGUUUCCUCCUGGAUUUUACCAUGAAGUCCAGAUCAUGGUAAAUGUUAUAUCGUCGGAUGGAAAACAAGACCCAGAUGUGAUGGCUGCAAAUGCCUCUUCAGCUGCAUUAAUGCUAUCGGAUAUACCUUGGAAUGGACCAAUUGGAGUAAUUCGUGUAGGAAGAAUUGAUGGAAAUUUUGUGCUGAACCCAACGGUGGAUGAGUUAGGUUUGAGUGACCUCAACCUUGUUUAUGCGUGUUCUCGUGAUAAAACAUUAAUGAUAGAUGUGCAAGCUCGUGAGAUUACUGAAAGGGAUCUUCAAGCAGGAAUGAAACUUGCACACGCUGAGGCAGUUAAAUGCAUCAACCCACAACUUAGAUUAGCUAAGAGAGCUGGCAAAAAGAAGAAAGAGUACAAGAUCUCAUUGAUUUCAGAUAAAUCCUAUGAGAAAAUUAGAACAUUAUCAGAAGCACCCAUUGAAGAAGUCUUCACUGAUUCAACAUACGGCAAGUUUGAGCGAGGAGAAGCCUUGGAAAAUAUUACACAAUCUGUGAAAGCAAAGCUUGAAGAAGAAUGCGAUGAGGACAGCUUGAAGUUUCUUCACAAGGCAGUUGAUACAGUGAGAAAACAGGUUAUACGCAAAAGAAUAAUCGAGAAAGGACUUAGAGUUGAUGGCAGGCAACUUGAUGAAGUUAGGCCACUCUACUGUGAAUCCAGCACAUAUCCAAUAUUGCAUGGAUCUGCCCUGUUUUCACGUGGGGAUACACAGGUUUUAUGUACAGUUACCCUUGGUGCUCCUGGUGAUGCUCAGCGAUUGGAUUCAAUUGUUGGUCCUCCAACAAAGCGUUUCAUGCUUCACUACAGCUUUCCACCAUUUUCAAUAAAUGAAGUUGCGAAACGUGGGGGCUUGAAUCGACGUGAAGUUGGACAUGGCACACUUGCGGAGAAAGCAUUGCUCGCUGUGCUUCCCCCAGAAGGUGAAUUUCCAUAUACAGUUCGGGUAAAUUCAGAAGUCAUGGCUUCUGAUGGUUCAACAUCAAUGGCAUCAGUAUGUGGAGGAAGUAUGGCUUUAAUGGAUGCUGGAAUACCUGUAAGGGAACAUGUGGCUGGUGUUUCUGUUGGUCUUGUCAGUGAAGUGGACCAGACAACUGGAGAUAUUUCUAGUUAUCGCAUAUUAACGGAUAUUUUAGGUCUUGAGGAUCACUUGGGUGAUAUGGACUUCAAAAUUGCAGGAACAAGGAGAGGUAUUACUGCUAUUCAACUGGAUAUAAAACCUGCUGGAAUACCGUUGGACAUAAUAUGUGAAAGUUUGGAACCUGCACGAAAGGCUCGAAAUCAAAUCCUUGACCGUAUGGACCAGGAAAUAAGUUCUGCACGUGCUUUUAAUGAUGGGAGCUCUCCUCGAUUAGCUACACUGAGCUUCAGCAGUGAUUCUCUUAGGAAACUGCUUUUCCACAGGAAAAAAAUUGAGCAAGAAACAGGUGCACGGGUAUCUGUUAGUGAUGGUACAGUCACUAUUGUAGCAAAAACCCAACCAAUUAUGGAUAAGGCUAUCGAGAAGGUAGAAUUUCUUGUGGGUCGUGAAAUUGAAGUUGGCAGAACGUACAAAGGUGUUGUUUCCUCAAUAAAGGAGUACGGUGCUUUUGUGGAAUUCAAUGGUGGACAGCAAGGUCUACUUCAUAUUUCUGAGUUGUCACAUGAUAAGGUGUCUAAGGUCUCGGAUGUUGUAUCUGUUGGCCAAGUGCUCUCAUUGACAUGCAUUGGACAGGACUUGAGGGGUAACAUUAAACUUUCUCUUAAAGCUACCCUGCCCCAUGCCCAUGAAAAGAAGGAUUUAGCAAGUAAUCAUACUGAUCCUUUGCCAAGUCAAGAAGUUGUUGGCUGGACGGCUGUAGAGAACAUGCCUAGCAAGGAUGCUAAUGCUGAACCAUCCAUCAGCAAAGACGAAGACAACAUGAUUGAGGAGACACCUGGGUGUUCUACUCCUGCAGUUAUAAUUCGAAGUGCUGCUGAAUGUGAUGCGCAAGAUGUUACAAAUGAUCCUAAGAAGAAACGCCCAAAGGUUGCAAAGUCAUCUCCUAAGCUAUCUAAACCAGCCAGCGAAAGGCAGGAAGUUAAGAGAACUAGUGCUAAGAAAACUUCAGGUGCAUCAACAACGGCCAAGAAAAAUAAGAAAGAAAAAGCUGACUCUUCAAAUGAUGUGCUGGAUGCCAUUCCAGAACAAAAUAAAAGUAACAUCAUGAACUAUUCUAGUCCCUCAAACUUCAGGUCUGGGUCUAUGAAGCUGGGUGACGUAGUUACAGCAAAGGUCUACCAGAUACGAGCCUAUGGAUUAGUACUUGAGUUGAGUGAUGGAGUUCGUGGAAUGCAUAAAUUUGCGGAAAAUGGACACAAGGAUUUUGAGGUCGGAGAAGAACUACUUGUGAAAUGCUCAAGUUUCAAUGCAAAGGGAAUUCCGGUCUUCUCAUUGCUAGAUUAGUAGCCAUUUUGAUGGGGCUAAUGUCUUCUCUAUAGGCCUACAGAAAUAGACGCUUGUAAAUGUGUAGCAGCUAAUUCAUCGACUUGAGGAACAUGAGAAAUAAUACUGCGGCUCCCUCGACUUUUGUCAGAGUGCUACCAAAAUUGUGUGGCUGUCGUUAGUAGUUUUGCCCUGCAACUCACAAACGCCCAAACAUUACGCAUCACUUGGUAUCUGAAUCUCUUUUGCAGCAGUUGUACA